AUGGAGAUGGAGAUCGGACGGGUGGACGCUACCGUCUGCCGUAGUUCGGAAGCUCCAAGAGCCUCCAAUCAUUUGCUUUGCAACGCUUCAACGCUUCACGUUUCAGCAAACAUGGAGUCAGAACAGCCUCCUCCCACCUUGACGAACCCACGCUUUACGCUCGAGCUCGAAUUUGUCUCAUCCCUCGCCAACCCAUACUAUCUAUCGCAUUUGGCCGUCACCUACCCCAAUCUCCUGGGGAUCUCCCGUGAUGAUGACAACGAUUCCUCUUCCCCAGAUGCACAGGCAUUCGCAGCCUACCUAGCCUACCUCUACGCCUACUGGAAGACGCCAGAAUAUUCCCAGUUCCUCACUCACCCCGGUCCUACACUUCGAGCGCUCAGACUGCUGCAGGAAGAUAACUUCCGUCGCGACAUCAUCUUGCCCCAGGUCAUUGAAGGCCUGAUCGGGGUCAAUGUGCCUGAAGCUCCAGCCGAGGCCGACACUGCAGUUGCAGACAACCAACCGGACGGUCAGAAUGGAAAGACAUGA